CUUCCUCCGCAUUUUGGAUUUUCUGUCCUGCGCCAAAACUUCUCUCCUCUAGACCACGAAAGCUCUCCACCAACAUACUCGACAGUUGCGCUCCCUGAGACUGAGAGUGUUAGAGUCCUAUGAGCGGCAUCUCCACCUGAACAGACGCAGCGCAAAAUAUACCCUUGCGGCGCAAAGUGUGCCCACAAUGACUGGACGCGGCGGCGGUGGUGGCCGCAAAACUCUUCUUGCGCCUAUCCAUUUUAUUUUCAGUCUGUUGCAGAAGCGCUCGACGGUCUCCAUCUGGCUCUACGAGAAUUUGCGCACGCGCAUCGAAGGGAAAAUCAGGGGCUUCGAUGAAUUCAUGAAUCUAGUAAUUGAUGAUGCGGUCGAGGUACAACUAGCUACAAGAGAUACCCCAGAAAAGAGAAGGCAGCUUGGACAAAUCCUAUUGAAAGGCGACAAUGUCUCGUUGAUCCAGUCGCUGGACUAGAAUAGACAAGCGUUGGUCUUAUUGCAAUCAUUCAGCACCAAGCGCCAGGCCUAUCAGGCAUCAACUCGAACGGAAAUUAAGCUGUGCCAGAGGAACGAUGCCGUCGGCGCAUCACUCGACAUCAGCAACUACUAUUUGAUCGACAAUCCAGUCAUGCUCGUCCGCGGGAAUCGUCUCGCCUGGCGGCAGUACUUGUUGGCGAAGUGCAAUCCCUACUGCAAGAGAGGGAUUUAGUUGCAAAGCGGCUGGGAAGAUAUCGAGGGUCGGCCACUUACCCAAGAGCGGCAUCGGUCGUCCACUUUGGCUCCCGCUGAGUGUGUCUUUGUAUUUGGAGAGAUAGCGGUCAUAGAAGCCUUUGCCAUGGCCAAGGCGACGGUGAGACUGAUCGAAGGCCACCGCCGGCAUGAAUAUUAGAUCCAGACUAGGAGGGUCUUGUUGGUCUCCCGAAGAGUGGUUCAAGAUCCCAAUCCCACCAAGAGCAUUCCUCCUGGUUUCGACUGAAUCCUUGGAAAGCGACGGAAUGCCCCAAGCAUCAGGGCUUAACGAGUGAAAAUCGUCCUUGUCAUGUAGUUGCAGCAUGUCCAUUACCUUUGACUUUGGGGCUUCCCCUGCAUGAAGAUAAGGCACAAAGACACAUUUUCCACUGUCGAGGGCAUGUAGAACAAUAUCUCGGGUCGAAGCCUCCCUGCCAGGCAUUGACAGAAAU